AUGCCCAACUACUCGCUGGCAUGGCUUAUUGAGGAUCAAGUAGCGACAUACUACUGUGGAAUUUUACCCAGUGAAUUUUUUGUUGCUUUGGGUGAGCGAAAUGUACCGCAAUUCCAUUAUCUGAUCAUCAAAUCAGCGCUGCUCAUUUUAUCAAAAGCAAUGAUACUCGCUAUUAGUAAAUAUUUAGCUUCAAUAUUUUCACUGAAAUGUCGCGAAGUUUGCUGCAAAACACUGCACAAACACUAUUUUACGAAUUUUGUCUAUUAUAAGCUGACUUCGAGCAACAGCCAAAUCGACAAUCCCGACCAGCGCAUGACUCAAGAUGUGGAAAAAUUAACGCGAAUUAUAACGGUGGAUUUAUACACCCCAGUAACAACGGCGCCGUUUAUAACUGCUUACUAUACUUAUCUCACUUAUCGAAGGUUUGCUGCGAAAUCAGCUCAUAACUUAGCCAGGAAGCUGUCGAGGAAUUCAUUCAAACUAAGAUGCGAACGAACUUAG